AUGGGGAAGCAAAAAGCAGUGAGUAAAGAUCUCACGGAAAAGAUUCUUCGUGAGUGUCACGAAAUUUAUACUGAAGGAGAUGACUGUCUGACGAAUGUAGCGGAGCUUCUUGGAGAAAAACUUCUUGCUCCUCGAAAGAAAAUCACAGUUAUGCUGAUGGGCAACCAUUCUGCUGGUAAAUCAUCCUUUAUCAACUGGUACAUCGAUGAAAAAAUACAAAGAACAGGCGUUGCCAUUGAAACGCAAGGAUUUACGAUCGUCACUUCUGGUAAAAAACGCGAAACUUUGAGCGGAAACGCUACUGUCCAUCUUUAUCCUGAAUUCAAGCCGAUCAUGAAAAUCGACGGAAUGGCCAACUACAUUCAAACUGAAAUCACGACUUCGAAAUCGAAACAAGCCGAGCUCGUCCAUUUCAUCGACACCCCCGGUCUCGUCGAUGGAGACAUGAAGUACCCAUUCGACGUGAACGAGGCGAUUCUCUGGACGGCAAAUAUGGUUGACCUGAUUCUCGUUUUUUUCGACCCCAUCGGCCAAGCUCUGUAUAUGCCGACAAUUUUCAUCGAAGAAAAAAAGAAGUCGGACGACACAGGAAUAAAUCAAAUCAACAAAGUGUGCCUUGAAAUCGAAAAGACAAUCAACAUGACCAUCCAGACCACUCUAAAUACUCUUGAAGCCGACUGGUAA